AUGGAUAGAGAAGGGCGUUGAUGUCCGCUGUGGUAUAUCAGAUAGCCACUGCUGCCACUGUUGGCAUUAGCAGUUACGAUGAGUUCUCCUCCUUUCAAUGCUCUACCUAACUAUUUACCUAUAUCUUCCCUAUGCUUGUGGCUCCCCAGGACAGAAUAAUCAUCUUGUCCGAAUGUCAAGUAAAUCCCCCGUAACAAACAACCUCUUACAUGACGUACUUUGGUGUAACUGCUCCGAACUUCCACAGCAAAUCUCCAUUACUCGGCAGAUGCCCUCUCCAUAUUUUUUCGUUUCCUUUUUUUCCCCCCUCGUAUCUCUCUCGCGGCUCUUGCACCACCCUAUCUAGAAGAAAGAAGCUAAAUUUAGAAGAAAUAAGAACAGUAUACGACAACAGGGGAAAAAGUAAACUCCCGUUGCGCCCCAUUGUCACCAUGUA